AUUCGGUCAAUCAGUUUGGAAUCGUAACCCAUCACGGGCGGCUGGCUGUACCCCUCGAAAAGGAAACCCUCAAAACCGAAGAGCAGAAACGAUGAAAAACGAUAAGUUCGAGGCACCAGCGCCAGGCUUCAGCUCGGCACCACCGCAGCCAGGACAUCCACAGCCAGAACUCUCAGCGCCUGGAUAUCCACAGCCACAGCCACAGCCAGGAUAUCCACAGCCACAGCCGGGAUAUCCCCCACAGCAAGGAUAUCCCCCACAGCACGGAUAUCCCCAGCCUGGUGGCUACCCACAGCCGGGAUAUCCCCAGCCCGGUUUUAUACAGCAGGGCAACCCACCACAGUACUACGGUGCACCGCCCGGACCACCACCACCUGGCCAUAGCUAUGGCGCAGUGCCGCCCCCGGCUGCACAUAUACCACCACCUCAUCAGCAGGAUGCACCGACCACAGUGGUGCCCCCCAGCGGCGGUUGCUUCAGUCGCAACCAAAGGAACAAGCCCCAAUCGAAUGCCGUGGCUGCUGCCGGUCUAAUCUUCAUCUCGGGUGGCAUGAACAUUGCGUGGUGCAUUGGGUUCCGUGGUCCCAUCUCCUACCACACCACACUGCACAAUUUUAUUGCCUGGUUCAUUGCCGCCAUUAUCGGAGCGGUUAUCAGCUGCGUCCUCGCCCUCGCCAUCAGAGUGCCCAAGAAGUAUGUCUUGCUUUUCAGUGCACUUUUGGUGACAGUCGGAGGCGUUGUCAUGGGCGCCAUCCGAGAUAAUGGUGGUGCAGUUGUGGCUGCCUCCUAUCUGGAUGGAAUUGGCAAUGGAUUGGUGUUUGCGCCAUUCAUGGCGCUGGCCGGUGAGGUGUCCGUUCCGUAUAUACGCGGCAUGGUCGCGGCGAGCACCGAGCAGUUGUGCUUCGGCAUUGGCAUCCUGCUGCAGGUCAUCUACACCAGCACAUGGACGUAUUCUGGUUAUUAUUCAUCCAGCAGCUUCUCGGCCGAGAAUCUGAAGGGAAUCCUGAGCGCCGUCUAUGGCCUGUUAGCCCUGGGUCUGGGCGCAUUCCUGUGCAUUGAAUCGCCGGUCCUGACGCUGGCCAAGGGCGACGAAGAAGGCGCCAUCGAUGCCCUGCGCCGCCUACAGCGACCGUACACGCUCACCAGCGAUACCUACGAACAGCUGGCCGAGCACAAGCGAUAUCUGGCCCAUAACAAGGACAUAUCCACGAGCCAGAGCAUUGUCCAGGCACUGCCCGCCUUCCUCCAGCUGGCCUAUCUGCGCGCCAUGAACGCCCUCAGCAUAUCCCACUUUGUCCUCUUUGUCCUGCUCGUAUCCGUGAUUUCGAACUAUGGCACGAGCUAUUCUUCUGGCUGGCUCGUUGGCUACGGCUUCUGCCGCUGGAUGGGCAACUUUACUUCGACCUUCAUCAUGGAGUGCGUGGGCCGCAAGAAGCCGCUGCUGCUGGGCCUGCUGGUCUGCAGUUGUCUGGGCUUUGUCAUUGGCUCCAAGUACAGUGUUUACUACGGCAUGAGCGGUGUGACCAUCAUGCUGCUGAUCUUCCAGUUCUUUGCAGGCCUAGCGUUCACCUCCACCUCGCCGUAUCUGACGGAGGCCUAUCCGCUGGGUGUCAAGCAGCCCUGUAUCGCCUUCACCUUCAUCGCUGAGAUGCUCGUGUACAUCAUUGUCUCGUCGGCUCAUUUCAAUUUAUACGAUGGCGGCAGCUACUUCUAUGCCAUUGGUGGACUAUAUCUGUUUGGCUUUAUUGCUGGCAUUUUCUGCCUGCCAGAGACCCGAUUGACCACGCUGCGCGGCACCCAGCAGAAGUUCCGCAAACUCAUCAAUGUUGGCCUCUAACAGAGCUAACACACACACACACACACAAGUUGUUUGCUGUGUGAUUAGAGAGUGAGAGAGCGAUACGAGUUGGCGCAACAUCUUACGGCAGGUUUUUGGAGUCACAGCCAAAUCAAAUAUAAUAAAUAUUUAUAGCCUCGCCCCUUGCCUAUCGCAAAAAAAAAAAAUGCCAGAUAACAUUUCAGGACUGUCAAAACAUAGAAAUUGAAUUGUCACCAAAUGUCAUGAAUUUAUUGCAUGUAUUGCUUGUCUUCUUUUGUAUUUAUUUACUUGUGUGUCAACAAAUAAAGUGCGACAAAACGAAAA